UGGACCGACUUUAACGAGCAACUUUUUCGUUAAUAAGCCAUCAACAGUUAGACACCUUUUAGUAUUGAAUCGAUUGUUGGGCAGUAAAGACGUAAAAUUAGCAAUAAAAUGACAUUUUUUCGACCUUUAAGCAUUUUAUUGCUGCUCGUUUCGGUCGUUGUUGCUUAUCCAAGCGGAGCUCCUAAUGCCGUGUGUGAAACUUUGUCGCCGCGUCACAAAGAAAAUGUUCCCCAAACUGAUCCCAGUCCAUUUGUGUUCAAAUUAAACAGCACCGAAGUCAUGGGCGGCGAUGUUGUAGAAGUUACCGUGACAAGUGACACCCCGGGGAAAACUUUUCGUGGAUUUGUAGCGCAAGCGAGGGAAGAUAUUGCUGUUUACGAGCCACGCGGAACAUUUAUUCUCGAAGAUGGAAGUCCAGCGAAGACGAGCAAGUGUAAAAAUGAAGAUGACACAGUGACUCACAUAAGCCGCGAUGAUAAAACUGCAGUAAAAUUUUAUUACAAGGCACCGAAUGACUUUGCUGGCGUAGUUACAAUUACCGGAACAAUUCUCGAAGUCUUCACUACUUUCUACGAAAAAGUUCAGUCACCACAGAUAACAAUUAGAAAUAAUGGACAGUCAUCAAGUACAACAGAAAAGCCAUCAGUUAAUGACACACUUUUCGAUACAUGUGGCACAACAAAGUCAUGUUUUGGGCAGCCAGACAAUUGUAUCGAAAGAAAUUCGUGUAGUUUCGCUACCACAGUGGCAAAAUCACCCGAGGGCAAUUAUAUCUUUGAGUUAAUUUCCUUCGAAGCUAAUGCCAAAUGGGUCGCUGUAGCUCUCAGCUCAUCAGAAUUCAUGUCAGAUACAUCGGUUAUGGAGUGUGUAAAAAAUUCAAACGCUGUUUCCGAUGUAAAAAAAUACGAUUCUUGGAUGUCGAAGAAUCCACGAGGCGUUACGCGUCAAGGAAUCGUUCAAACGACAUCGAAACUGAUUUCAACAAGACUCACUGCCCACAUGUUCAUGUGUAACAUCGAAAGACCCGCCAAAACUACCGUAAAUAAUCAGAUUUUCGACUUAGAUAACACGGAAUAUCAUCUGUUGCUUGCGUCAGGCACCGAUUUGAGUGAUAACGGAGAUAGCAUCGGAAUACAUAAUCUGGGUGCAAAAGCCAGUGAUAAGCGAUUAUUGGGCGAUAUACGACCAUUUGCGAGUCCCUCGAACUUGUUGUAUAAGUUACAUGGCGUAUUUAUGUUCACCGCAUGGCUCGGAACAUCCACAAUCGGCAUAUUUUUUGCGAGAUAUUUCAAGAAACAAUGGCAAGGACGACAAUUUAUGCAAAAGGACUUGUGGUUUGUGGGACAUCAAGCAUCGAUGAUACUAACGUGGCUCCUAACAAUCGUGGGAUUCAUUUUAAUUUUCGUUAAAAUCGGGGCUUGGAGUAGCACGAAGAACCCACAUCCGAUUUUGGGACUGAUAACGACGAUUUUGUGCUUUAUUCAACCAUUAGGGGCACUUUUUAGACCAGCGCCUAAUGCGAAAAAUCGUCGAUGGUUUAAUUGGAUCCAUUUUGUCAUCGGAAAUACGGCGCACUUUUUAGGAUUGGUCAGUAUUUUCUUCGCCGUAUCGCUCAUGAAAGCGGAAUUGCCGUUCGAAAUGUACUACAUAAUGAUUGCCUUUGGCGUUUAUUAUGCAGUUGCUCACAUCCUAUUUUCCGUGGCGACGGAAGAGGAAAAUCUCAAUGAGCUCAAAACGAGCGGCGGAAGUAGUUGCAAGAAUUUUCUGCUGUUGGCGCACGUCGUCAUCGUCCUAAUAUUAACUGUCGUCGGUAUUGUGUUAAUUUGUAGACCGAUUGACGGUACGGAGGAAAUGUAAUUUUAAUGUGUGUUAAGUUAUUUAUAGAAAAAAUAGAUUCUAGAUAGGCAGAUAUACUCACUUGUAACGAUCCGCACAGCCAGAAUUGCGUUGGUGCAUCUCGCACAAUGAAAUAAACAGUCUUGAACAUGUCA